UCAACUCCGACUAGCGAGUUCAGACUUCAGAGAGACAGGUUUCACUCCUGGUUCGCCGAUUGAACGCCGGCGAACGCAUGAAAGAAGAACUUUAGUCCCGUCGCCGGAAGUAGAAGAAGAAGAAGGGGAAUUGAAUUUGGAGGAAGUAAAUCAUGUCGACAGCAACAUACCCACCGCCACCGCCGUUUUACAGGCUGUACAAGGACUACAGCAAUGACCCGAAAUCCGCUCCGGAGCCCCCUCCUCCAAUUGAAGGGACUUAUGUCCUUUACGGCUGCAAUUACACUACUGAUGAUGCGCUUCCAAGUUUGGAGGAUCAGGGUGUUCGCCAGUUAUAUCCAAAAGGGCCAAAUAUCGGGUUCCCAAAGAUAAAUUUAAUGUGUUGAGUGAUCAGUAUCUUGAAUCUGAAAUCUAAGACUACUCUCUCUGUUAAGAGGUAGACUGGCUAUAUUGCUGGAACAUGUUUACAUUUUCUUUAAGAAAGAUCAUUGUGUAGAGAAUCAAGUGCUUAGCUCUGCAAAUUAAACAAGGGGGAAGGUGAAAAAGCCAGAGUGAGAUCAGUGUUGUAGAAGGCGCUGAUGGGCGCCUAGCACCUAGAGAGCCUAGGCGGGGGACAGAAAGAAAAAAAAAAGGCUGCUCCGUGCAGACGCUGCGACUGCACGCUGUGGAGUGUGGCUGUGGCGACAACAACUGUGUGAGUGUGUGGACAACGGCGACUUGGCAAGGCUCAGGCUGUGGAGACUGGAGUAAGGCUAUGGAGAGGGCGAGGGAGAUUU